UUUUAAUCCAACUAAAAGAUACUCUAAAUGCCAAAAAAUGACAGUUACUUGCGUUGGCGUAAAUCAAGUAAUCGCUGCGAUGAGCAAUUUUUGCAUUCGAUAAGAAAAGCACAUAUCUAUCAAACGGAAUCUUAACAAAUUACCGCACAAAUUCAAUCCAUGGGUAUAUCACUGUUUUACCCCAUUAUUGUUGUUUUAUUUACAAAUAAUUAUCCAUCGUGUUGUUGGGACAUAACACACAAGUAACUAAUUCUGAAAAAUAGAAUUAAAGAAGGAUACUGAUAUUUCGUAAAAACAUCAUUUGAGACAUCCAUCAACAUGAACUCCAACAUUCCCAAACUAUUUGCAACAUCAAGCAAAAUUCAAAUUAAACAACAUGUUCCCAAUGGCUCUAUUAGGAAAGGUCCUCACGCUAUAGAACGCAGUUUAGUUCCAGACGAAGUUGUUAUUAAGCGUAGAUUCGGUAAUUUUAAUUGCUUACUAAAUCUAGUGAUAUUAAAAAAGCUAUCAGAUCUUGACGCGAACUUAAAUGAGACAAGGUGUUAAGUUUGAUUAAGUUCUUUUGAGACACCAAUCAACGUACCAGGAUAAAUUGAAGCAUUAUGAAAUAUUUUCUUGCCGCAGAUCUACAAUCAACAUGCAAUCGGUCUAAUAAAGUGAGUAUAAGCUCGAAAGAAGGGUACAGUAUAAUAUUUUUCUCUAAAGCUUUUAAAAACAACUUAACAGUUUUUUAUAGUGUGCAGUGUUAGUAUCUAAAAGUAUUGAAAACUUAGUCCUUAUGUAUUAUGCGUAAGUUUGUGCAGUAUAUUUUGUGUCCUAUUUUUUGUUCUUUUUACAUAUUAUUUUGCAAUGUUAAGGUUAGGUCGUUUUCAAUAAACAUCAUUAUAUAUCUACAAUACUUUCAAAGUGUCUUGACAGUUGAAUCGGAUAUAUAAAAUAAUUUUUUAACACUGGAUAACUUUGUUAAUUCAAAACUUUAAACAUUUGUGAGAAUGACACUCACUGGUUCAUUGUAAGUGCAAAGGCAAGGAUAGAACGAUAACAUUGCAUAUUAUAUUAAAUAAAUAAAAUUCUUUUCUAGCCAUAAGAAAAAGCAAAAUACUACAAUCAACAAAUCAAACUCCCUACAACAACAACAGAGCAACUCAAACAACAAUCAACAUUCCAUGAACUCGGGAAAACUUGGCAAUUGAUAUCUUCUGACACAUGCGGAUUACAACAAUCAACUCAAACAUAUUAAAUGAUGUAAAUAGAAAUAGAACUUCAUAUACAAUAACAUAAUACGUCAUAACAAUUGAAAGUUAAUUUAAUAAGUACUUACGGUUUAUUGGAAAUUUGAACUUCUCGCUUUAAUUUACUUUAACGUUUGGAAGAUGAUGUUUAAAAUUUUGUUUAAUCUUUUCAACAAUACUGUUCAAAGUUCUUACCUAUUAUCAUCUUAAUUUAUCAAAAAGAUAAAAAUUAAUUAUUAAAUUAAAAAUAUUUCGUGGAGUAAAAAUUAAAUAAUUAGCAUUGUAAAAAAAUAUAUUCCUAAUUAUUCAACACAAAAUGCUGAAAGCUGCAAUGGAAAAUUGUGAAGGUUCAAAGCCUUUGUUUCAAAGAGAUGAUAUCGUGGUGAAUCCAGAGAGUGUUACAAAUACCGCAGAUGCUCAAAACGACAAGCAAAUUCAAGCCGAAACUAGAAACAACACAGAGGAUAUUUCCAAUCGACGGCGAAAAGAACGUCACAUUUCGACUGAUUCCAGUAGUCCAGAGCGUUAUCGAAAAUAUCACACUAGCCAAAAGAAUGAGAGUGAAAUUGGAUCCAGCAAUAAUACCACGCGACGCACGAAAACAGCGAAACCUACUAGUGAUGGCAAAUAUGCAGUUCGACGUGACGUAUCGCCACCACCAAAUCGUCACCGCAGGAUUCCUGAAAAAAUUCCAUAUUUUGUAGACGAAGUGAGGGAGCAAGACAGAAUUCGACGUAAAUAUGGAUCGACUAAAAAUAAAUCGCCUCCAGCGUCAUCCAAAUUUCGACGCAGACGUAGUAUUUCAAAGUCACGCUCACGAUCGCACUCUCGAGAUUCAAUGAAAACUAAACAACGUUCACAAACACGCAGAACUUAUUUUCGUCGUUCAAUUUCAGUGGAUCGUUAUAUGGGUAACAAUAGUAAACGGGAACGGGAAACAGAAAAAUCACGUACAGAUAAGGAUUUGGGUGGGACACCGAGCCACCACUAUCAACAUACAUCAAAAGAUCGUGCUAAAAAUUUGCGUAGACACCGAAGUUCUCGCACAAAUUCAAGAUCACGCACUCGUUCACGUGAACGUUCGUCGCGCAUAGGUACACAAAGUAGCGAACGCCAUAGAUAUCGUCAUAAUGAUAAUGACGAAAAGAAUGGGAAUGACGAAAGAAAUAUGCCGCAACCGCAAAUCAUAACCAUACCCGUGCCGGUUCCUGCGGAUUUUAUGAAUUAUGGUUAUCCAACCUGGCCGACUCCAACGCAGUGGUCACCGCAACCGUCACGGUAUGGAGCUCCCCCUUAUCCUAUGCCUACAUUUUUGCCUGCUGUCUUACCACCAUUGCGGCACCCAAUGCCACCAUAUGGAUUACCUCCGCAACCCAUACGUUACGGUGGACCUGGUUAUAGAUUACCUUCACAAUAUGGUGCAUCACGCCCUUGGCGACCCAAUUUUCGAUCAAAAAAUUUAUAAAUUGUGACUGAUAAAUGUUGAUUAAAUUUGAAUAAUAUAUUUAGUGCACUACAUUUGAUAGUUAUAGUUAAAAUGUUAUCAACUUCUGGUGUGAAAUUGUGAACAAAUAGAAUUUAAUUUUCAAAUUUACAUUCUGUCAAUCGAAAUUUAAAUUCAAGGAGUAAAAAAAUAAUUGUCGCAUUCGUGAUAACAUUUUUAAUUAUAAUUAUUUCCAAUUGGAGAGCAAGUAGACAAUUUAGAAAUGCACUAAUUCUUCUUUUUAAUUUUCUUUUAUUUACAAAUAUAUAUAUAUUUAUAUAUGUGAAUAGAGCAAUUAUGAUUAUUUGAUAUUGUUUUCGAUCUUUUGAUAAAAAUUACAGAACUAUAGAAAUAUAAAAUAAGAUCAUCAUAUAAUAUAAUAAUAAAUAAAAUAUGUAGAGAACAG